GUUUUGACCAAAGAAUUUCCGGUCAAAACUAAAAUUUUAAGUCUGCCCGGUCAAAAUUGAAAUUUCAGUUCUGCCCGGGCAAAUUUUAAAUUUGACCGAAUUUCAAGUUUGACCACAACAUAUAUAUGUAUGAUAUCUAUCAUACAAUUCUCUCUUAUGGCACGUCUUUAAUCUAAGCGCCGUUAACGUUAUUUACUCUGUUUUACUGUUUUGUUCAUUUUCGCUUUCAAAGCAAAAGUUAACCAGGUUAAGUUUGAUAGUUUUCAGCAGAUAAAGGCGUGCUCUUCCAGAUAACCACUCCUCGAAAUUCUAGAAGUAUACACGGGCUCGGAACUUUUACGUGCGAAACGCCUACUUUCUUCGUGAAAUGCAGACACAAAAAUUGCAUAUUUUGUGCUUUUCAUUCAAAUAAAGAGCUAAACUGAUAAACAAGUCACAUAGACCGAUAGAUCCGUCCCUUUUUCCAACAAACCGAACUGAUAUUUUCUUUUUGCAAGCACUUAAUGUUUUUUCUAUGCCGUGACGUCGUUGGAUUCUUCAAUUUAACUUUAGUUCAGGAGAAACUUAAAAAGUUUCUGAAAAGUUAGAGAAAUUUUAUUGGCUUUUCGCAAAUCGUUUGAAUUUCUCCUGAACUAAAGUUAAAUUGAAAAAUCCAACGACGUCACAACAUAGAAAAAACAUUUAUCUAUUUUUUGAAACCAACCCGAAAUUUCUAGCUUUUUCAAUGACGGCGGAAGCUUGAAAGUACAAGACCAUACUAUUUCAUCACUAAUUUAAGGAUAACUCUGGGAAUAUGGGAAUACAAGUGAUAAGAGGCUUAAAUUACUAGAAUCACUAAGUUACCUCAAGAUAUACAUUGUCUGAAAUUUUCAUCAAGACGGAAUGUACCUGAACAAAACAGGUUUAGGCGUUUAUGAAAAGUUGAACUUUUCCGUUAGUUAAUUGCCAGUUAAGUUCUAAUUUUCUUUUUCUUUUAGCUUUAAUCGACAAAAAUACUUUCAAAAACAAUAUUCAUAUUUUCUAUAGAUAAUGGUGAAAAUGCACUAUUUACAGAGAUAUAUACAUAUCUCAAAACGCGUAUGAACGUGUCUAGACUGAAACAUCUGGACGCAUUCAAACGCAAAUAUUCAUGCGGGAAUGACAUCUUUAGAAUCUGUUGAAAUUCGUUAUUGUUCUGUUGUUGGAUAAACGAUUAUGCGUCUGUUUCGAAUUCACACGUUGUUGUGAAUGGCUAUAGCAGGUGCAUGGAUAUCUAUUUGUGGUGAAAAAAGGGUGUUUUGCGGCAAUGUAAUUGCUGCGUUAGUAUAGUUGAGUUCAUAUUAAUUCAGUUAUAAACGUAGUUUGCGCCUUCUGAUAAUGUUUUCCGUGUUUUCAGGCAAAACUUGCGUAGCUAUUUAUGAUUACAAUGCACGUACGGACGUAAAGCUGACGUUUCGAGUAGGAGAAAUACUUAUUGUGUUCGAUGACAGCCAAGAAGAUCAAUGGCCGGCAAAACAUUGCCAAACGGGUUUGAAAGGUUAUAUUCCAGCUGUUUGUGUAGCGCCGUACGGUGGAUUAGAUGUCAAUGUUUGGUUUCACAAUAAUGUGAUUAGAAGAGAAGCCGAACGACUAUUGUUAAAUCCAAUUAAUCCACGAGGAUGUUUUCUAGUUAGAAAUUCAGAAAAAAUGUAUGCACACACAGAUGAUCAACGUGGUGCGCAUGUGAAACACUAUAACAUACGUUCAUUAGACGCAAAGCAGGGCUAUUAUAUAGCAGCAAGAAGAGUAUUUAAAACAUUAGAGGAAUUAGUCCAACAUUACAGUGAAAAUGUCGAUGGUUUAUGCUGUCAGUUAACUAUUGCUUGUCCUCGACCAACACUGACUACAUGUACAAUAUCAAAGGAUAUUUGGGAAGUACCAAGAAAUAGUUUACAAUUUAUUAGAAAAUUAGGGCAAGGAGAUUUUGGAGAAGUGUUAAACUCUACAUUAGAGUUUAAUUCGCAUUGUAUUCAUUCAUAA